AAUUCGAUCGAAAGUGACGAAGAAAGAUCCGAAGAUGGCGACCGCAAGCGAGAGUUCUAAGAGAUGGCUUCCACUUGAAUCUAACCCAGAUGUUAUGAAUCAGGUAUUGCUCCACUCUCCUAUUUUCCCUUCUGGUUCCGCAAUCUACUCCUCCGAUCACCGGGAUUUCGGAAUCGGGAAGAAUCUAGUAGAGUGCAAUGAUGUGUUUGGCUUAGACGACGAACUGCUAGAGAUGGUUCCAAAGCCUGUUCUUGCUGUUCUCUUCCUUUACCCCAUCACCACAAAGAGUGAAGAAGAGAGAAUCGAGCAAGACAAGGAAAUCAAGGAAAAGGUGCAUAGUGAUAAAGUUUACUUCAUGAAACAAACUGUGGGUAAUGCUUGUGGAACCAUUGGCCUUCUUCAUGCUAUUGGGAAUAUAACCUCUGAAAUCAAACUCUCCGAGGGAUCGUUCUUGGAUAGAUUCUUCAAAUCUACGGCCAACAUGACUCCCAUGGAGCGUGCAAAGUAUCUUGAGAAUGACAGUCAAAUAGAAGAUGCUCAUUCUGUAGCUGUUUCAGCGGGUGAUACAGCUGCUUCAGACGAUGCAGUCACGCAUUUCAUCUGUUUAGCUUGUGUAGAAGGUGAGCUCUAUGAACUUGAUGGAAGAAAGGCAGGACCGAUUUCACACGGUGCUUCCUCUCCAGCUACCCUCUUGAAGGACGCAACGAUAGUGAUAAAGAAGAUGAUUGAGAAGAACCCGGAUUCUCUGAACUUCAAUCUGAUAGCUAUCUCUAAGAGAACCUGAGGCUCUUAUUAGAAAGCGAAGCUCCUAAGUCUUGUUUCUGAGUUUGUGACUAUUUUAUAUCUUCGGAUUCUGCUUUUCUAUGUUCUGAACAAAUCGCAGGUUGAUGAUCAUGGUUUAGAGAAUGCAUUUCUAGAUGAGUAACACUUAUGAAUCGAAUCACAAUAUCUGUAGAUUCGUAUUGAAUUAUUGUCUCGUAGCGUUUUUAAAGCAGAGUCAAUAAUUCUCAAUAUAACUAGUUAUCUAUG